AGACCGUAUAUCUUGCCGAAAAGGUCACACUCGUUCCCCAAGUGUUGACAUAUUUUAUUUCACUCGCUUUUCAAUUUCAAUAAUUUACGCAACGAAGCAGCUGCUACGCUACGGUCGCGAAGUGAGACGAAGAGAAAGAGCAAGAGAGAGAAGGAGAAGAGAAAAGAGGCGCGUUGGCAAGCAAAAAUCAAAGUCUGUAAAAAAUUUAGUUGAAAAUUCUAAAAAUAGCUCAAAAUGACGCGCUUGAAACAUUUCUAACCAUUAACAAAAGUUAAUAAAAAAUACGAAGUCUAAGGAAAUUUUUUUAGUGCCAAAGCAACGUCCCAACGCAUCAGCGAUAACCAAUAAAAGUGCAUUAUAGUUUUAAUAAUAAUUUAAAAAAAACCUUGGUUCUUCCAUAAACAACUUUUGUCCCAUACACCAGUGCGAAAAUUGCAAUUUGUCAUCAUGUCGCGUACAAGUAAUUUGUUUUUCAAUUCGUCGGUGAAUUUAGAGACUAAAAAGUGUAAUUGUUGAAAAGCAACAACACAACAAAAAAACACCACGCAAAGUAAAAAAAAAGUUAAAGUACAAGAAAACUCAGGUAUCAAAAAACCCGUUUGUGAGCGAGCGAGAGAAAGAGAUUGUUCCAGAAGAGUCAACAAACAGCGAGCGAGAGAGAGAGAAAGAGAGAGAGUGCAGCAGCAGUUGACAAUUCCACACGAGAGGGAGACAUUCCAGAAAACACCCAUUCCAGCCCCCCCCCAAAAAAAAGCCCUCUAGUCGGUUACAAUUUUGCAAGAGAAGAAAUCGGUUUACUGCCUAAUGGCAACAUCGCUUAAUAAGACGAGACACAGGCGCAGAUUGGCUGCGAUCUCGUUCCUAUCGAAUAUCUCAUUAGAUGGCACACACCGGGACACAAAAUUUGGCGCAACAUUCGGCAGCAGCAUUAUCUGCAACCAGAAUAAGAACCCGACCGCGACCUACAGCAACGGCCACGCCACGUCGGCGUUGGGACUGGGCGCCGGAGGCUACCAUCAGCACUAUCAGCAGCAUCAUCAGCAACGCGGUCAUUCGGCCCAGCAGCAGCAGCAACAGCAGCCGAAGCAUCAGCAGCAGAACCACCAGUAUCAGCAACACCAGCAGGCGCCCCAUCAGAAUGGUGGCACAUCCAUACCCAUCCUCUGCACCGCCAUCGACGUUCACAUCGGGGGCGUCGGGGACUAUGGCAUGCUGCUGGACGAGUGCACCACCGCCGCCGCUGCUGGCGGCGGCAGUGAUGGUGAUGGGCAUUUUAGUGAAACUGAAAAUAUGGGUCAAUACUUGAUGAACGUCCUGCCCACCGACCACAGCGGAGCGACCAUCUGCCCCGUUGUGCCGGUUGAAAGACGCAACAUAAAGCGACCGACAUCGUCGGGUCGUCAGCCCCACCAGGCUCCGGGCAGUGGCAAUAUGAGCAUUCGGCAGCAGCAGCAGCAGCACCAGCAUCAGCAGCAGGCGCGGGCAUGUCCCGCCGGUAGCGGAGGAUCUGGUGCCGAAAGCGGCAGUGAUUCUGAUAGCGUCAAAAUACCGCUCAAGGUGUCCAAUCUGGGCAGCGGCGGUGGCGUCGGCGGAGCAGGGGCAAAGCUAAUGCCCCUCAGAGAACGCACCUUCAGCAAUGGGGCUAGUGAUCAGCAGAACAUGCAGCCCGAGCGUCGGGCACGCUUGAACACGGCGCCUGGGAUGCGGGCUGGCUCCAAUUCCAGCAUCGUUGUGGGCGGCGGCCUCAAGCGAACGUAUAUACUGAGCGGAUCGAGCGUGAGCCACAUCACGGAUGACAGCAGCACGGAGAGCCUCGCGCCGGCAGGCACCUUUUCGGGCAGUUUCCGGAACAGCCUGAGCAAGUCGGUGCAGAUCACGGACAGCCGCAGGGGCACAACGGUCCAGGGACUGGGACAGCGGGAUGAGCGGAUGGUGCUGGUGUCCCGCAAGAUACCGUUCUUCAUAUUCUCAGCCCUGCCCUACUACAAGGGCAAGAACGGAAGAACCGAGUUCCGCAAGGAGGAUCGUCGUCGGCGCAAUCCUUCCACAUCGCGUCCUUUGAGCUCUAUCAAUGAUGCUCCCUUCGAUCCAUUUGAUUUGUUGGGCAUUCAGAAGGCCGAGAGUGGUCAGGAUAUAUCCUAUGGCCAUCUGUUGAUACCAUCGCGCCAGUACGAAAAGGAUCGCAAAAAGUAUGGCAAUGCAUCGGCGAAUGCCUCCAUCUUCGAGAAUCAAAUGGAAAUCACCAGCACAGCUGUGCUCAAGAAUCACGGCAUAGCGAGCACAAAAACCAUAACCAAACGUCAAGGCAAAUGGUGCUUUACGUAUGAGAAUAACAACAGGAACAGUGCGGCCAGUCCCACGCCCGAGAACAAGCUGGAUUUGGAUAUGGACAGCAUUGUGCUGGGUGGGGAUACACCCCGUGGCCAGCCCAAUCCACAGUACUCGGCCAACAUCUUGGAUGAUCCAGAGCUGAUUGCCGGCAAGCAUCGCACUCUGUUGACCUUUACAUCGUACAUGACAUCGGUGAUCGACUAUGUGCGGCCUUCGGAUCUGAAGAAGGAGUUGAACGAUAAGUUUCGCGAGAAGUUCCCAACCAUACAGCUGACACUGAGCAAGCUGAGGAGCAUCAAGCGCGAGAUGCGGAGGAUCAACAAACUAGACACACGCAUCGAUCUGGUGACCAUUUCGCAGGCGUACGUCUACUUUGAGAAGCUCAUCCUGGGCAAUCUGAUCAACAAGAGCAACCGCAAGCUGUGCGCCGGCGCCUGUCUGUUGCUCAGUGCCAAGAUGAACGAUGUCAAGGGCGACGCCCUCAAGAGCCUCAUUGAGAAGACGGAGAGUGUGUUUCGGCUGAAUCGCAAGGAGCUGAUAUCGUCAGAGUUUGCGGUGCUCGUCGCCCUGGAGUUCAGCCUGCAUGUGCCCAUGCAUGAGGUCCUGCCUCAUUACCAGCGGCUGCUCUACGAGUCCUAGAAUUGGCCCCGGCGCUGCGCCGAAAACACUUUGUUGGCAGCAGCGCAGGUGGUGGCAACAGCGGCGGCCACCACCAAGCAGCAUCUUCGUCGCACCGGUAGUCGCAAGUAGGCGUGGCGUUGGGAGUCAUUUUUUUUCGACCAAAAACAAAAAAUCGUUGGUUCAGGAGGUGAUCGCUGAUUACAGUGGCGCCACUAUAUGUAGUGAGUGUAUGUAGAGAUCAUGUAGGUGUCGCCCCAGAAAUAUGUAUUUGGCAUGUAGAUAUUUUGUAGAAAAACAGCAAUUACUUGUAGAGGUUUGUAGGGUUUUUUAUGGACGUAAUCGUUGUUUAAUAUAUGUAGUUGCUUACUUCAAUCCGUACAUCAAUAUAUCAGAAAGCGCUGAUUGCCAUUUUCCAUUUUAUACAAAAAAAUAGUAUGAGCUUCGUUGCCGAAGGACCUGUGGUCCUCUAAAUCCGGCCCUGGAUACAACGCGAACAGAUAUGCGGCUAUCAUGCUUAUUAUAUUAUAAGGCCCUAGAAUAAGUUUUACUACAAAAAAAGGUUUAAAAAAAAA